AUGAUUAAUCCAAGAUCUGGAAUGUUGGAUAAAAUUCUCUAUGCACGAAAAAAGGCUGGUGAUUACAGUGGAUUAGGAUCUAAUAGAUCUGAAUCUUCUAAGAACACGAUUUUUGUCAAAUCUGUGAAUUCGGUGUCUGUUGUGACAACUAACCAUUUUGCAGGAACAAGUGACUUUUCGAAGACCACACAGUUGUCAUCUAUUCCCACAGAUCUACAACGAAAGAAAAUUUCUUUGAAGAGAAACAUUCGACAAUUUGUUUACAUCGUGUCUCUUCGGCAUGCUGACACGUCCGGCAUUCUCUCCGCAUCUACUGCCGAGAGGGACAGCCUCAUGGCCCAGUCUCAAAAGGAGACAGUUCCUGAGACGGUUCCCCCUGCCUCUCCUCCUGUUCCAGCUUCAAUACCAGCUGCCUCGCCUCUUACAGGUCAUCGACCCAAAACCACAACAAGGAAGAAGGCCAUUGCUCUUCCGGGUCCUGAGGGAUCUACCUUGAUUGGGGCUACGAGUAAAGGAGUGACCUUUCUCAACCAUGAUGCGCAGCAAAAACAAGCCUCGGCGGUUCCACUCUCCUCAUCCGAAGGUCAUGCAAAGGGCAAACAUAAAUCCAAAGCCGCUGGAUCAACGAAAACCAAGAAGACCAAAGUGACUUCAGCAAAAUGUACUAGCUCCAUCUCUGAUUCGACUCCUUUAUCCAAAUUCAAAUUGAAGGAAAAAAUCAACCCACCUCCUUGCACCUCCUCAAAGGAUGUCUCUCCUGAAAUGGAAGACUCAUUGCCUGAGUUGGACCCCUCCUUGAUUGAGCCAAUUCUUGAAGAACCGCAUGAUGAUUUUGAGGAGGAGACUAAAUCUGAAACAAACCCAUCAGAGACCACUACUGUUGCAUCUGAGCCAAAGGGCAUAACACCAUUGACAUUUCCAGAAUUGUCUACCAAAAGCACUAAACAAAAAGGGUUUAGUCCUACUAAAAUUGCUAAGGCCCUCAAUCUAGUUCCUAUUAAGAUUGAUGAUUAUAUUGAGUUUGCAAAGGAUCAAGUUUUGUCUGAAUUAGUUGGCCAAUCUAUGGUGUGGGAACCAAAGAUCAAAGAUGACAAUGCUCCUACCACGGCUCGAAAGGUCAAAGGCAUUAAUUUGGCUGGUUCUGGGUCUGGAGAUGUCGAGCCUGACACCUCUGUUGUCCCGACUACUCUUGCUUCUAUCCAGACAGGAAUUGCAAGUCUCUCCGAGCGGUUCACUGCCAUGGAGGAUACUCAGCGUCAAAUCAUGGAUUCUUUGGCGAUCAUCAAUGCAUCUACCACUCCAGCUCCAUGA